AUGCGAGUUAUUCUAGCGCAAUCGAUGCAAAUUCAACAAAUGACUUAUCCUACUCGACCUGACGGCGAUUUCUUUGACCGAUCUGUUUCAAGCUCAGAAAAUUCUUUUGGGGUACCACAAGAAGACACUUCUCCAACGCUGAAUUCCGAUGCUCAGUUGAAACCGUCCGUGCAUGAGAAGUAUGAUGACCCUGGACACUUGACCGUUGGCCCGUACCGCCCGUCCUACCAUUGUCCUAAAACCCCCGUAAUAAGAACACCCGUGCGCCAUAGCUCAGUCGACCCCGAUGAUAUUUCGGUUCCUAGUGAUGGAAAGCUGGAUUCUCCUUAUUCCGCUGAGGGGCCAGUCAAAUACCGCGGGAAUGGUCCCGAUAACCGCACUGUCACCCUGAAGGGAAUUCCCGAUCGGGCUACCUACGCUGAUGUCAUCGGAGCCAUUCGUGGAGGGCGUGUCUUGGAUAUAUUUUUUCGAUCUAGGGAUCAUAUGGCUAGUAUCUCUUUUGCUGAAAGCACAGCGGCUCAACAAUUUAUGGCCCAUACUAAACGAUAUCGUUUUUAUAUACUUGAUAAACCGGUCGACGUCUCUUGGGCCGAUCGCCCAUUCAUUCUAUCGCAAUACAUUGCCACACAAAUUUCCAACGGUGCAUCGAGAAAUAUUUUGAUUCGCGGCGUCCACCCAAAUGUGACUGAGGCCCAGAUCCGAGAGGACAUGAAGCAUAUUCACAAUUUAGUCAUAAUAUCUGUUACCUUUUCCCAAAGAAACGCAUAUAUCUCUACCAAUUCCGUCCAAAAAGCAUCGUACGCUCGCAAUUGCAUGAGGUCCCGAAUGCCGUAUAAGAUGAUGAGAAUCGAAUUCUACCCCGAUGAGUGUGCUGGAUCGUUGCGAAGAUCUCCACCAUUACGAAGGAAAGAAGCCUCUCCACAGGCAAAAAAAUUGAAUCCAAUGGCCAAUCGGUUCGAAAUACUCCAUUUAGACGAAAGUGAUGAUGAUUCCGAUGGAUUGGACCGACUUAAAAUCUAUGAUUCUGUGCCACAGGGUGCCAGAUGGUCCGAUAUAGCCAUCACUGUUUGA